UCUUGCUAAGUGCUGAGACUGGCUUUGAACUUGUGAGCCUCCUGCUUAAGCCCCCUGAGCCACUGGGACUACAGGUGUGCACCACCAUGCCCGGCAUAAUUUCUUUCUUUUAAAAAAGUACUUGUACUGUUACUGGACCUAGCAGGCUAUGUUUUUAAAGGAUAGAAUGUGUUUUCCCUCCACAGCAUAUGUGUAUAUGGUGUUUUUAUUUGGAACAGAGUCAUGCAAUUUGAAUUUCUUUCAAUUUCAUGUGUUACUACGGAAAGUAUUGAAAGUUUAAGGCCUAAUAUGAGGGACAUAAGAUUUGCAACUCUGAUAUACAGGACUGAGAUAAACAGUGACUCUGAUUUAGAGCACAAGAUUAAAAAAAUAUAUUUGGGCUGGGACAUACUUAAUGGUAGAGCAUUUACUGAAGACACAUUUGUGUGUGCAUGUGUGGUGGUAAAUGGUGUGUGAACCUACCUUGAGGAAGUUGGGUUUCGAGUACUUGCAGACUUUACAGGAGAGUUAAGACUGAGCAGAGCCUAAUAAGCUCGUAUGCUCUUGAACAGUUUCAAGCUCACUGAGAUGCUUGAAUGCUAAACUCCUUUGGGAUGUGAUAACAAUUCUGGAUAGACGGGAUUCAGGGAAAGGUAGGUCAUUCUCAGACUGGAAUUUUCAAAGGGCUAGUUUCUGAGGCAGGAAGAUCCUUCCUUUGUGCAUCUGCUCAUGCUCUGUCCCCAGCAGCUUUUUAAGGAGCUCCCUGUAUGCUAGUUACUCAGAUGGAGAGAUUAGAAAGAAAGCAAGUUUGAUAGUAUGGCACAUGUCUGUCUGGUUUGAGUUUUUCAUUGCCUUUUCAUAGUUUUUCUGAACCAGUUAACAAUUAUUCACAUCUCGGUUCUUCCAGUGUACAUAUAUUCCUGUCUAUGAAUCUGCUUUCCUAAAAGCUUACAGAGACCUCAUAGUGGCUUCGGUUUAUAAAUUGAGAUUUUAGCACUUUUAAUAUUUAGGAACUAUAUCAAAUAAAAACAUUAGCCCCCUUUCUAGUUUUUUCUCUUAUCCUCAUUUUGGAAUUUUUGAUCUGUUUCUAGUUGUAUGGCUUAUAUAAGCUGAUUUACUUAGAGAAUAACACUUUUGUGAAGUAAAAAUUACCUGAUAACUAUGGUUUUUCCCAUCUUUCAAAGACUUGUCUGCUCUUUAAAAACUUUCAGUUCAACUAAACUCUGUUGUAGUAAAUAAACCCGUAUUUGUAUCAAUAUAAAAAUUCUACAAAACUGCCCUUUGAUCUGUACCUAUGUGUUUGCAUUUACUUCUGUAGAGUACCUUUGAGGUAAAUAAAGAGGCACUGAGGUGGUGGGUGGAAAUGCCCCCUUGUCUCACUCAGAUUCCCAGUUGCCUGGACAUUGGAGAGGCCUGGCAGGAAGCUGCUGGAGGCACAGGUGUGGUCUCGCAGCUGUCCAGCAGGCACCUGGUGGGUGUCAGUGCCCUGUUCCUCCACCCCUGGCCUGAGAGUUUAGAGCUGAAGGUCAAUUCUGUGGUUUUUGUUAAGGUUGCUGUAGUGGAGAUGUUAGUUAUUUUAGUUGCUCCUUCUGUAUCUCUGUUCCCACUCCAUAAAAUGAUACCGAGGGAGAGUUGCCUCAGAUCAGCGUUUUACAGAAGCCUAGAGGGUCAAGGUCGAUGUCAGCUGCCCAUGUUCUCAGCCAGUGAAAGUGGAGCUGCCCUUGAAACACUUGUUGGCUCUUGUCUUCCAGAGCAAAAAAAUACACAUGCACAAGAGUCACAGGUGAAAGUCAGCAAGCGUCUCAGAGAGCCCUUAGAUGACCAUGAAGAAGAGGUCUCAGAGCCGAGUGCGAAGUAUGUGCGAAAGAACACAGAGCCAGCCCCUGCCCUUGGCAAGGACACAUUUUCUUAUAUGGGAGACUCUGUGGUUGUCUACACCGAUGGCUGCUGCUCCAGUAAUGGGCGGAGGAGAGCACGAGCAGGAAUCGGCGUCUAUUGGGGGCCAGGCCACCCUUUAAACAUAGGCAUUAGACUCCCCGGACGACAGACAAACCAAAGAGCAGAAAUCCAUGCAGCCUGCAAAGCCAUCGAACAAGCCAAGGCUCAGAACAUCAGUAAAUUGGUUCUGUAUACGGACAGUAUGUUCACUAUAAAUGGAUCAAGGUGUGCUGGCUGCUUCUUGGAGAAUGCCCGUGGGAAACUUCCUGGAGAAGGACGUCCUAAGCUGAGAGCUUCAGGGAUCACUAACUGGGUCCAAGGCUGGAAGAAGAAUGGGUGGAAGACGUGUACGGGGAAGGAGGUGAUCAACAAGGAGGACUUCAUGCAGCUGGAGGAGCUCACCCAUGGCAUGGACAUUCAGUGGAUGCAUGUUCCUGGUCAUUCGGGAUUUGUGGGCAAUGAAGAGGCCGAUAGGCUGGCGAGAGAAGGGGCUCGGCAGUCUCAAGACUGAGUGGAGUCACUUGGGUGCUCUGGAGAAGGCAAGCGAUAGCUCUUGUUGCUGUCAUUUCCUGGUGUGGGCAUCAAGACCUCUCAGCAGGAGUGGCUGCAGGAGACAAAGCUGAGCCAGGGGGCACUGUGUCCUGUGAGCAUCUCAGUAAAAAAGCGCUCCAGGAGGAAGUGGACGUCUUUUGAGAUCUGAUGAUUCUGAGAUCUGCUGCUUACUGGGCUUAGUGUAUUUUCAUGUUUUAUUGCAGUUUGGCCCAAAGUGCUUGGGCGUUGAUUUUUAUAAGAAAUCAAUAAAACAUUGGUUAAAAGAUGCAGACAGGAACUCAGGAAGAAUUGUGGAAGAGUUCGCUGACCUUCUGAUUUUCAAGGUGGAGUCACCUGCCCUUGUAGCCACUCACUGGGCAUGUGGCUCACAGGACGCCCCUCAGGUGCCUGAUGCUGUGUACACAGGAGACCGUGGCUGUGGAAGAAUGGCCUCAGUCUUUCAAAUGUGUGUGUGCAGGGCUGGGAUCGAACCCAGGACCUUACACAUGCUCAGCAGUUACAAUUUUGUGAUUGUGUGUGUGUGUGUUGGGCACUGGGGAUUGACCCCAGGGGUGCUCUACCACUUAGAUGUUCCCCCAGCCCUUUUUAUUUAUUCAUUUUGAGAGGUCUUGGUGAGUGGCUGAAGUUGACCUUAAAUUUGUGAUCCUCUUCGCUCAGCCUGCUGAGUGCUGGGAUUAUAGGUGUGUGUCACCACUCCUGGCUCAGUUACAGCUUUAUUUUUGGUACCAGGGAUUGAAUCCAGGGCAACUUAACCACAGAGCUGCAUCCCCAGCCCUUUUUUAUAUUUUAUUUAGAGACAGAGUCUCACUGAGUUUCUAAGUGCCUGGCUAAUCUGCUGAUCCUGGCUUUGAACUCGAGAUCCUCCUGCCUCAUCUUCCUGAAUUGCCAGGAUUACAGGUGUGUGUGCAUCACUGAGCCCGGCUCAGUUACAGCUUUUAAAGACCAAGAUGCAUAUAUCUUUGAAAAGUUUCUUUGGCUUUUUUUCUUAAAAAUACUGUGCAGGUUUAAAACAAAUGUUUGACAUGAUCAUUUAUUUUUGAGUUUUUUUUUCAUAAAAUAAAAAUACAGAAAAUGACACAAAAGAAA